AAAAUAAAAAUUGCACUUCAUCGGGGGUACCUAAGAACGUAAGAAGCUCCCUACAAAUAUAAAUAAAAUUUUGUGCGCUAAGGAUCGAUAUAUUUAAUUAUUUAUCUUCUCCUCUCCGAUUCCAUCAUCGGGUAAACCAUAAACCCAAGGCAGUGCCUCCUCCGGCAAAGCUAUUGUUUUUUUUCUCAAAUUCAUACAGAAACCCUAAAUUCUCUCUCAUCCGCUGCUCCGAUUGGGUCCUCCAGCUUACCCACUUCGCGGUUCAUCCUAUCAAGAGGAACCAUGAUGAAAGACUUGGAGGGUUACAAUAGUGGUUCAUCAGGGGCAAUUGAUCCCUCCAAUAUUGGUUUUAAGCUUUUGAAGAAACAUGGCUGGAAAGAAGGAACUGGUCUUGGGAUUUCUGAGCAGGGAAGAUUGGAACCUGUUGAAGCAUAUUUGAAAAACAACAAGCACGGAUUAGGAGCUGACAAAGGAAAGAAAAAGGCCCCAAAGCCUCCUGAUGUUAAGGGCAAUAGUACCUCUUACAGUAAAAGUGAACAGGAUCCGCCAUCAAAAAAAUCUAAGACACUCUCGAAAAAGAUGCGGAAGAUGCAGGAGUUUGAAAGAAAAUUACAAGAGAAGGAGUUUGAAAGGGCAUUUUUCAGGGAAUUUUGGCCAGAUAACGUAUGAUCAUUCACGGAAGGUUGAGAUCAUUUCUUCACAUCAAAUCAUGGGCGGCACGCCCCUAUUAAUUUUUAUCAUCUAAUUUUGCACAGAUCUAAACUCUUUUUUUCCUUCAUUUUUGAUAGUUGAUCAUCAUGUUGUAAAAUAGUAGCUGAAAUUAUAGCAUGCCUUGCAUUCUUUUAUACAGUUUCAUAGAAGUGUACGUAUGAUUCCGUACACUUUCUGGUGGCACUCACGUAAGUCAGAAAAGGAAUGCAUUGCUGCA